CGCAUGCGUCAAGCAUAUCUUCUCUGCGCCAUCUUUGUUGUUUAUCUGCGACUUUGUGUGUAUUAUUCACAAAAUUAACCAGACAAAAUUCGCCACUAAUUCUAAUCGGGAUAACCAACGCGUUACGUGACCAGACAAAUCCCAAGUGUAAACAUCUUACUCAUCAGAUGUGCAAGUAAAUAAUCUAAAAUGGGAGCCGUUUUUGGUCUUUGUUCUGCGGCACAGCUCGCCUGUUGCUGUGGAAGUGCAGCCUGCUCAUUGUGUUGUUCGGCAUGUCCAUCAUGCAGAAACUCGACGUCCACACGUAUUAUGUAUGCUUUUAUGCUGCUGGUUACUACUAUAGUAGCCUGCAUUACUUUAUCACCAGGUUUGCAGGAUGUAUUGAAAAAGGUACCAUUCUGUAAGAAUGGAACUGGGAAGUACUUGCCAGAUUCUGUGGUAUUUGACUGCGAUAAAGCUGUAGGAUAUUUGGCUGUGUACAGGAUAUGUUUUGUUAUGACUUGUUUCUUCCUACUAUUUGCACUGAUGAUGUUAGGGGUAAAAACUUCUAAAGAUGCUCGAGCAGGAAUACAAAAUGGUUUCUGGGGGUUGAAAUAUAUGGUGGUAAUUGGUGGUGUAAUUGGGGCCUUCUUUAUACCUGAAGGAUCAUUUGCCACUGUCUGGAUGUACUUUGGUAUGAUUGGCGGGUUUCUAUUCAUAAUAAUCCAGUUGAUAUUAAUUGUUGACUUUGCCCAUUCUUGGGCUGAAGCCUGGGUUGGAAAUUAUGAGGAGACAGAAUCUAGGGGUUGGUUCUUUGGAUUGAUUGGCUUUACUUUGUUAAAUUAUGUCAUCAGCAUAACUGGACUCACGUUAUUAUUCGUGUUUUACACUAAGGCCGGAGAUUGUGACUUGAAUAAAUUCUUUAUUUCCAUUAAUUUGAUUCUGUGCGUCAUUAUAAGUGCCAUCUCAAUUUUACCAUCUGUGCAAAACAAAUUGCCAAGAUCUGGACUCUUGCAGUCAUCUAUUGUCACCCUGUAUGUUACCUAUUUGACUUGGUCUGCUGUUUCCAACUCCAAAAGUGAGUGCAAUCCUGGAAUUUGGGGCAUUUUUGGAGUAAAAUCUGAAAACCAUAACAUUGAUGUUAUUGGCCUCUUAAUUUGGAUGUGCUGUGUUUUGUAUUCCUCCUUGAGGACUGCAAGCAACUCUUCAAAGAUUACCAUGUCUGAGAAUAUAUUGGCCAAAGAUAAUGGAGCAGUCAGGGGAUAUGGCUCCGAGAACUUGGUAGAAAACGAAGGUAACGAUGGCGGCGAAAGCGGUGACGGCGGCAAAAAGGUCUGGGACAACGAGGAAGAGUCGGUCGCCUACAGCUGGAGCUUCUUCCACGUGAUGUUCGCCCUCGCCACACUCAACGUGAUGAUGACUCUGACCAACUGGUACAAACCAAACUCGAGUUUGGAGUCGUUUGGUGUGAACGCCGGCUCGAUGUGGAUCAAGGAGAUUUCAAGCUGGCUAUGCUUGACGCUUUAUGCUUGGACAUUGGUCGCGCCCAUCCUGCUGCCCGACCGUGAAUUCAAUUGAAGAACAUGCGACCUUUGAAUAUGUUAUCCCAUAUUUAUUGCAUUACUUCACUGUGUAUGUGAUAUUUAAUCUUAAUCGGCUGCCACAUUCGGCAUUUGAUUAUAUUCAACCCUAGUUUUAAUCAUGAUAUAAAUUAUAUGUAAGUAGAAUUAGUUUUUAUUUGAACAUGUUUGUACUUUUUCGUUUGUUAUAUGAUAUCACAGUAUGUAUAAUAAAUGCUAUCUCAAUACAAUAA